AAAAUAUGUCAAGACAAAAAGUUCAGUAUGGAACAAGUAGUGAUUAUAGUGAAGGAUUGAUGGGAGAAAUUCAACGAUUAAUUGCGCCACCAAACGAAGAAUAUCGAAAAAAACCACCAAAUCCUUUUAAAAGAGCUGGUAGACAGAAUCAUGAUACUUGCGAUGCUUGCGCUGAAGCUGGAAAUUUACUAUGUUGUGAUUUCUGUACCGCAAGUUUUCAUUUGUCAUGUCACGAUCCACCAUUAGAGGAAAAAGACAUUCCAAUGGGAUUGUGGCUUUGUCACACUUGCACAAUGAAAGAGAAAAUUGCCAAGGAUAAAGAAGAACAGGAAAAACAAAAUGCGAAAGAAACGGAAAUCAUACAACAAGAAACUAAAGAAAAUGUUGAAUCUCCUCCAGUAAACAUUAUUUCUGAAAUAAAAGAUGAAGCUUCUGAGGUUACAAUUGAAUCAACAGAAAUAAUAACAUCUGAAAGUACAACACCUUCAACUGACUCCUCUGAAGCAAUGCAGAUUGAAGAUGAAGCGAGUAAAGAUGAAAAAAUUGAGACGGUUGAAAUUGCUAAAACAGAUGAAACGCAAGAACCGAUAAAUGUAGAAAAAGCCGACAAACCAGAAGAGUUAUCACCAUUUGAAGAGUUGAUUCGUGCUGCAAGCUUACUCAAUCCUAAACAAUUUGAGCUUCCUUCGGAUAUGACCGAACCUUUUCCGUUUCCAGGUACUGAGAGAGUCGAACCAAUAAGAAACGGAAGAAGAGUUAAAAAUAAACGACUCAUAGAAUUAGACUCACAUGGUUGCGUGGCUUUGCCUGCAAAACUUUGCUUCUCAUGCAACAAGUCGUGUAAAAAAGCUCCUUUGAUAGCGUGUGAUUAUUGUACAUUAUUUUUUCAUCAAGACUGCUUAAAUCCUCCAAUGACUGCACUGCCAGCUGGGCGUUGGAUGUGUCCAAAUCAUCCGCAACAAUUUACUGAUUGGCAUUUAAUUUCUUCAAUAUCUGCCACAGAACGAAUGAAGGUUUGGGAUAAAUUUGGAACUGAUCCAAUCGAUCAUGAAGUCGUAAAACUUCAAUUUUUUCGAAAAGUUCAUACGCAAAAUCCACCGUUUCGUACAAAACUUCAACCGAAGCCACGCGAUGAAGUUGAAAUACCUGAAAUCAUUCGUCAUCAUUAUAAGAAUCCUCCCAAAUUGCUUCCAUCACUUAGAGAUGUAGUAAGAAUAGACAAUUUGAGAAAACGUGGAACAGUUCGUGUUGAUUUUCCUUCAGAUGAUAUUAGUGUUGUCGAUGAUGAUCUGGAAGCAUUGGGAAACGCUCGAAAGCGUCUCAAAAUGAUUUUCAAUGAUCAAGAAGACAUUCACGGUUUACUUGUUGAACCAGAAAAGGAAGAAGAAGACGACGAAUUGAUUGAAAAGUUGAAUAAAUCAAAGGAUUCAAUUAAGAAAAACAAAAGAUGCAAAUCGAUUGCAAAAGAGUUGGAUUUAUCGUUUGAUGAAAUCAAAAUAGAGAUUGAUGAAUCUGAUGUUAGAAAAGACGAUGGAGUUGCCAUGGAGAAUAUUUCGUCGACUUCCGAACUUUCAAAUACUGAUACGACAAAAGAAAUGGAAGUAAAACAAGAAGCUUUGGAAUUUGUUGAGAAUAAAAAUCGAAGCGAUCAAAAUUUGUCAAUUUUGCAACCUUCAGAAAUUCAAUCGAUUAAUGAACAGUUGGCAAAUCUUGAUACUGAAACAAUUAAACUCUUGGCUUUCCAACGAUUCCAACAAAUCGUCAACGAAAAUCCAAACCUCAUUCAAAAAUUCCAAGACAAAAGUGUUGCAUCGCAAACUGUAGUCGAAGUUGCAAAGUGGGAUGUUCAUCGUUUCCCAAUUCCAUUAGCGAAUGACACAAAAAAUAGAGAGUGUGACGAAAAGCCUAUAAUAAGAAUGCGUGAACAGCCAUUCCAUUUAAGAACCGACUCUGAUAAAGCACAUUCGGUUGCUUUAUCUUUGGAGAACUCAAUCAAUAAGUCCAAAGUUAGAUCGAGAGCUGUACUGACAUUUGCUAAUGAUUAUUUAUCUGGUCGUGUUUGGUUUUCUGUGGCUCCAAGUUUAAACCUUUCAAUUUACAUGAGAUAUCGAAGUUUUUCAAUCGGAAUUGGAGCUGAUAAUGACUUGGAUCUUUCAAGAUUUGGCUCUUGUGCAUUUGCAUCAUCGAAGCAUGCCGUAAUUUUUUAUGAUGACGUCACUAAACAAUAUGAAUUGUUAAACUAUUCUGAAUUUGGAUCUGAAGUAAACGGACAAUUAUAUUGCUGUGACUUUAGUGAGCAUCCAACUAGCAUUUGUGAAACACCAACAAGCCCAUUGAAGGAUAAACGUGUCGCAAUUCAAUCGAAGAUCAAAAAUAUGCUUGAUGCGAAGAAAAAAAUUCGUGAGGGUGUUGAAACUUCUAAAAUCGAUGAUAUCAAAAUGUCAGCAAAAGAAUUCGCUCAAUGUGAGUGUAAACUUCGAUGUCCAAUGGUUGCAGGAUGGGAAGGAACUGCUUUGUUACAACAUGGAUAUCUUUUGAAGUUUGGUUGUUUAUCUUUUGUAUUUUCAAUUGCUGAAUACGACAGCGGUAAUGAUAGUGAAUCUUAAUUUGAUCUUUUUCUUCACUUUUCAAAUUAUUCUAUAAGAUUAUCACGAAUAAAAAUAAUCGUUCAAUUAAAUUAA